AUGCUUCGGGUUUUGUCACGACAAGCUUUUGGUGUGAUACGUGCUAAUUAUUCUUCAGCUUCAGCUGGAGGUCAAGUUUUGAAUGAGGAAUUGAAGAAGAGAAUUGAUGGAUUAGUGAAGGCAAGCGAUGUGGUUGUUUUCAUGAAAGGAACUCAACAAGAACCAAUGUGUGGAUUUUCGAAAAAUGUCAAACUUGUGCUCGAUUUUCACAACAUCAAAUUCAAUGAUCAUAAUGUUUUAGCUGAUGCAGAAUUGAGAGAAGGAAUCAAAGUUUACAGUGAUUGGCCAACAAUUCCACAGGUUUUUGAAAACUUCUCACAUAAAUAAAUAACAAUUUCAUUUUUUAUUAAGGUUUAUGUGAAAGGUGAAUUUGUGGGCGGUUGUGAUAUUAUGAUCUCAAUGCACAAAGAUGGUGAAAUUAGCGACUUUUUCGAUGAGAAAAAUAUUCCAAACAAAUAUGGAAAGAAAUAA